CUGUGCAGCACGAGCGGGGCCCCCGGACGUCGACGAUACGGAAGCAGGUGGCUCUCUACUUCCGCGGGCACAAGGAGGAGAGCAGCGGCACCCCACACUUCCCCGCCGCUGCCCUGCCAGCGCCCGCCUUCUUCACCGCCGUCUCCCAGCUGGAGCCCCAUGGCCUGGAGCUGGCCACCGUCACCGGCACCCCUGAGAGGCAGGCUCUGGUGGGCCUGGCACAGCCCACCCCGAAGUACCCACAUGAAGUCAAUGGUACCCCUAUGUAUCUCUAUGAAGUGGCCACCGAAUCCGUCUGCGAGUCAGCAGCCAGACUUCUGUUCAUGAGCAUCAAGUGGGCCAAGAGUGUCCCAGCCUUCUCCACCUUGUCCUUACAAGACCAG